AUGAACUAUUAUUCCCAAAAUCUUCAAAAUGUGCAAAUUCAUUUGCUUCAAUAUGGGAUUAUGCAAACUUACACUAUUUGGCAUGAGCACGAGGAACCACGUGUAUCAAAUGAGGCUCACUAUGAAAUGCCAAUUGAUGAAGAUGAGGUUUUAGGUGGUGUUGAUGCCUUAGUGGAAGAUCGAAUAAGAGGAGAACCCAACGAUGCACCCCAGAAUGAGGAAGUACAAACGUUUGAUAAACUAUUGAAUGAUGCCAAACGUGAGGUGUACUUAGGUUGCACAAACUACACUCUGUUGAAGUUUGUCAUCGAGCUGCUUAAUAUGAAGGUAACAAACCACUGGAGUAAUAAGUCGGUUGACACACUGUUGGAGGUUUUAACAAAACUUUUACCAAAAGAUAAUUUGGUUCCAAAGUCAUUUUAUGAAGCUAAGAAAAUACUUCGUGAUUUGGGCUUGUCAUAUAAGUUAAUUGAUGCUUGUAUAAAUGAUUGUGUACUCUUUUGGAAGGAAAAUGCAAGGUUUGAUAAAUGUCCAAAAUGUAAGGCAUCCAGAUACAAGAUCAAUCGUGGCAAGGGUAAGAAGAUUCCCCAUAAGGUGUUGCGGUACUUCUCAUUGACACCAAGGUUGAAAAGAUUGUACAUGUCAAGGAAGACUGCUGAGGACAUGAGAUGGCACAAGGACAAACGUAUAGAUGACGGAGUAUUGAGGCAUCCUGCCGAUAGUGAUGAGUGGAAGGAAUUUGAUGCGCAACAUCCUCAGUUUGCCCUAGAGCCUCAAAAUGUGAGGCUAGGGUUGGCUGUUGAUGGGUUCAAUCCUUUCGGGAACAUGAGCAACUCAUAUAGUUUGUGGCCUAUAGUACUCAUUCCUUAUAACUUGCCACCUUGGUUGGUUAUGAAAGAUUCCUUUCUUAUGAUGUCAUUACUUAUUCCUGGAGAAUCACAACCAGGGAUCAAUAUUGAUGUCUAUAUGAGACCUCUGGUGGAUGAGUUGAAUAAGUUGUGGGAAAAUGGUGCAUUAUCUUAUGAUGCCGUAACUGGUGAGUCUUUCCAGAUGCGUGUAGCUUUGAUGUGGACUAUACAUGAUUGGCCUGCAUUUGGUGACAUAUCUGGGUGGAGAACAAAGGGUCAUUAUUCUUGUUACACUUGCAAUGAUGAACCAUAUUUUCAAUCCUUGAAAGGUAAGACUGCAUACACUAACCAUCGAUGCUACUUGCCUCAAAACCACCCCGAAAGGCGAAAGAGUAAGGCUUACAAUGGUAAGCAUGAGAAGCGAAAGAGAUCUUUAGAGUUACCAGUGGAAAAGAUAUUAGAGCAAUUGGAUAGAGUGACAUGUGUCACAUAUGGGAAGCAUCCAAGAAACAAGAAAAGACUCCGUCAGGCACCAAAUUGGACAAAGGUAAGCAUCUUGUAUGAGUUACCAUACUGGAAGAAACGGAAGCUUCGACACAACAUUGAUGUCAUGCAUGUCGAGAAGAAUUUUAGUGAAAAUACCUUUGGAACUAUGUUAGGCAUUAAUGGAAAGAACAAAGACACCGACAAAGCACGAAUGGACUUGGAAGAUAUGGGCAUAAGGAAAGAGUUGUGGUUAACACGUCGUCCUGAUGGAACUUAUGUCAAACCUAGGGCAAUCUUUUCAUUGACCCCUGAAGAGAGGGAGGGUUUCUUUGAAUUCCUGAAAUCAGUUAAGUAUCCAGAUGGUUAUGCUGCAAACAUAUCAAGAUCAGUGAAUGCGAGAAAUGGUAAAUUAACAGGCUUGGAAAGUCAUGACUGCCAUGUACUCAUACAACGGAUUCUUCCAAUUGGGAUGCGUAGUUACGUAGACAAAGAGAUUAGUAAAACACUAUUUGAGUUAGGUAGCUUUUUCCAGGAUUUGUGCUCAAGGACACUGCGCCGUAAUGAACUUGAGAAAUUAGAGAAACGUAUAGUACACAUAUUAUGCAAGCUUGAAAAGAUAUUUCCUCCAGCCUUCUUUGAUGUGAUGGUUCACUUGGCCGUUCACUUGCCGCGUGAGGCAAUUCUUGGAGGACCGGUGCAAUAUCGAUGGAUGUACCGGAUUGAAAGGUUUCUCGGAGCUUUAAAAAAGUUUGUUACAAACCGAGCUCGACCAGAAGGUUCAAUCGCAGAGGCUUACAUUGUCAAAGAGUGCAUUACUUUUUGUUCAAUGUAUGUUGAUGGGAUCAAAACAGUGCAUAAUCGACCCGAACGAAAUCAAGAUCGUGGCGAACGUCGCAAAGGGUUGAGUGUAUUCACAGAAACUGCCCGUCUUAUUGGCCUAAUCACAAAGGAUGCUGAUAUGUCACAAGAAUAUCGUGAUAUGGCUCAUUGGUUCUUGUUGAACAAUGGCCCCGAGAUAGAGAAGUAUCUAGAGAUACACAAAAAUCUAUUACGGACUCCAUCUGGCCAAGACAUAACCCGUAUACAACAAGAGUUUCCCAAGUGGUUCAAAGAGCGGAUAAAUAUAUUGAGAGAAGAAAAGUCACCAGAGGCAACCAAUGAUUUAUGGUCGUUAGCAAAUGGCCCAAAUUUGCUAGUAAAAGAGUACUCAUGUUGCAUAAUCAAUGGCGUACGGUUUCAUACAAGAGAAGUAGACAAUCGCCGUAAGAGUCAGAAUAGUGGUGUGCUUACGGAAGGGGAUCAUGAGGGAGUGAAGCAUGAAUUUUAUGGUCACUUGUGCAAUGUUUGGAAAUUAGAGUACAUGUGCCAUAACAAAGUUGUAUUGUUCCAGUGUGAAUGGUACAACACAGGAAACACAGGUCGAAGUAGAACAUUGCGAACCGAUGAUUAUUGCAUAAGUAUUGAUGUCACAAGUCGGUGGUAUCAACACGAUCCUUUCAUCUUGCCUAUCCAGGCUAAGCAAGUCUUUUACCUAAAUGAUACCAAAUGGGGACAACCUUGGCAAGUUGUUCAACGAGUGCAACAUAGAGGUGUCUUUGAUGUACCAGAGGUAGGUGAUGGAGAAUCAUUAGAUGAACCAGAAGAAAACAAUGUGUUCCAACAAGAAAAUAUUACCGAUGUUGUUCCAAUUGACAUCGGCCCUAAUGUUCAAUGUUAUAGAGAUGGUGUUGAAGCAGAACUUGUUACAAGGGUUAGGUCAUCUGAUGAAACAAUGAUGGAGAAUAGAGCUGACAAACAAAAUGAAGAGUGUGACGAACCUGAUGUGGAUUACAAUAUGGAUCUUGAUGUAGACUAG